AUGUCCCCCUGCCUCGCCCUCUUAUACGCCACCGCGCUCUUCCAAAUUGCCGAGCAUAUAGCCACCGCUUUAGAGUACAAAGCCGUCAUCAAGGAAUGCUUGCGCGGGUUAAUGAUAAGCAUACCCAGGGAACCCGUUGAAGAUAUCGAAGCCUUGGAAAUUGAUAUUGCGAGACUGCAGCUCGCAUCUCUCGUUGAGGCAUCCGCGGACAGGAUCCUUUCUCUUGGGAAUUGUAACUGGCCGGGAAAAAAGAGCGAGUUGGAGGUUCUAGAACGGAAAAAGAAGGAGAUCUUUGAGGGGUUCUCGGUAAAACGACAGCCCCGCGGGGCUCUCAAGAAUGUCCUGCCUGGCGUAGAAAUGAGGGCUCGAGUUAGGACUUACUGGGAAAACACCGCGAGUCAUGAAAAACGAAUGGAUUUCUUUAAUAUAGGAAUCCAAGAACUUGAAGCUCAUUUGGACAAGAAUAACUUGAAAACAGCGAAGCAAGUCUUGAAGGAAGCCAUAGAACUCGCUAAGGAGACGAAGAAAUGGAAGUUUUGGCUGUGUUGUUGCUGCGGAGCGAGGUCUUGGGAUGAUAAAUCGAACCUGAAGCACAUUGCCAAUGCGCAUUGUGGAGGUCUGUCAGAGUAUGAACGAGGCCUUUCGCCGCAAGGACUUCCUAGAGAGUUCGUUCAAAUGGUAGAAUCCGGGGAUUGGGGACCCGUGAAUUUUCGUUCAGCCAAGAAGAUUGUGAGAAAUCUGUCGUCUACUUCAUACGUCAUAGGCAAGGAAGUAUUUUGUCAAGAUAAGAAGCGCAUUGAAAUCCUUAACAGAAUUCGUUCUUGCCUGCAACUGUUUAUUGGCAUUGAUUGUUUUGCCCCAUAUCAUCUCCAAAUGUUGCAAACUUUUACAGCAAAAAUGCUGCAAAAACGCUUUAGGACAUCGAUACCUAAGGAACAUGUGGUGCACCAGACGCUCCAGUCUAUAUUACUUCUGGAAGCCUCAGAGCUUCAAGAGGUUUUCCGAUGGUUAACAAAUCUGGGUAGUGCUUGCGCAUUGCGUUGUCUUUCUGAGAAUUCUUGGAAAAUAGUUAGCGUGCAAGAGAGGACUGAUUUCUGCUCUAGCCUCCUUUUGGAGCGAUUCUUGGGAGGAGAUAUUUAUGCUGAAAGGACAUCUUCUGUAGAAGAGGUUGAUGCUGAUGCUUUUGUACGUUGGUUAUGCAAGGAAGGUCCUGCAAUUGAGGAUCAUUUAAAGGCAUGGACUAAUCUGAAAGAAACUGCAAAAAGUUCAGGAAUGGAGUUCUUCAAGAUCCUUGGGACCGAACUUCAGCGUCUGCGGAGGCUGUGCUGGGAAAAAAGCGAUAUGUUGCUGAAAGAAGAAGCAAUUCUGAAUGUUCAGAUAAUCUGUGGUGAAGAAGUUGAGAAAAGGGAACGAAAUCCAGGGUCAGGAGGGCGAUUCAGAGAGCGAUAG